GCAAGUCCGCGCUAGCCUCGCACGCACGUCUGUCGUCGCGGCACCCACCGACACGUCACCAAACUUUCCAAGGCGAACUAAACUUUCUUCACGUCCCACUAAACUAAUAUAAAACGCGAGUUUAUUGAUAUUAUUGUGAGUGCUUGUAAGUGUUGAUGUGGUUUGUGGUGCAGUGAACAUGCGGAGCGCCCGGCAGGCGUUCUGCCUGCUGCUGCUGGCAGUAGCUGCCGCAGCACAGAUCGACACCAGACACUUAUCAGGCGAGAAUUCGACGACGGCCAUUAAAAAAGGGGACACAAUAUGUCCGAGUGGCAUGUUCAGAUGUCCGGAGGGCAAGUGCAUCCCGUCGCUGUGGGUGUGCAACUACCAGCGCGACUGCGAGAAGGGAGAGGACGAGUUCCAGUCGUGCCCUCCUCCAGAAUGCGAGGCCGGGCAGCUGACGUGCGGGCAGUACGUGUUCAACAAGACGUACUGCAUCCCGCCGCACUACCGCUGCGACAUGCAGGUGGACUGCGUCGACGGCACCGACGAGGCCGACUGCACAUAUCGUAAAUGUCAGACAGACGACUUCCAGUGCGGGAUGGAAGGCGUCGGGCCUGGCAAGAUCUCAGCACAGGGACCCUGUAUACCUAAGGAAAAGAAAUGUGACGGUUAUUUAGAUUGUAGAACAGGCCGUGACGAACAAGACUGCCCUGGACAGCCGCUAGCCUGCCGGCUGGACCAGUUCCGAUGCGCCUCCGGGAACAAGUGUGUGGACUCGUCCGUUAAGUGCGACCACAAAGAUGACUGCGGAGAUAAUUCAGAUGAAGCACAUUGUAGUUUCCCAGCGUGCCACAUAGGGCAGUUCCGCUGCAGCAACGCUCUGUGCAUCCCGGCGACGUACCACUGCGACGGCUACAAGGACUGCUCCGACGGGUCUGACGAGGCCAACUGCACGGCCAUCGCGUGUCCUGACAACAAGUACCUGUGCCCCAAGGGCGGGCCCGGCGGCGCGCACAAGUGCAUCGCGCGCUCACAGCUCUGCGACGGAAAGAAGGACUGCGAGGAUAAUGCUGAUGAGGAGACUGCCUGCUCGACUGCGUCAUGUCCUGCGCUGGAGUGCGAGUACAAGUGCGUGGCGUCCCCCGCGGGCGGCGCGUGCGCCUGCGCGGCCGGGCUCGCGCUCUCUGCCGACAACCGCACCUGCGUCGACCGCGACGAGUGCAAGGAGUGGGGAUACUGUCACCAGCUCUGCAUCAACACUCCUGGAUCAUACAAGUGCCUGUGCGCGCCGGGCUACUCGCUGGCGGGCGGCGGGCGCUGCGCGGCGGGCGCGGGCGGCGCGGCGCCGGCGCUGCUGCUGGCGCACGCGGCCGCCGUGCUGCGCAUGGACCUGCACGGCCGCGCGCCCGUGCACGUCGCCAACGCCACCGCCGCCGCCGGCCUCGACUACCAUUACAGGAAGAAUCUGCUCUUCUGGUCUGAUCUUAAGACGAGGAAGAUCCACUCACAGCCACUGAGUAUGGGUGGUCCGGCCGGCUCAGGCAGUUCGCUGGGCUCCGGCACCGACAUCACAGUGGCCGGCUCCUGGGCACCGGUGGCGCUGGCGGUGGACUGGGUGGGAGACAAGCUGUACGUCGCCGAUGCUAUCGGACAGAAGGUCGACGUGUUCGAGCUGGACGGACGCUGGCAUGCUGUGGUGCUCGGCUCGAACCUGACCAGUCCCGCUGAUCUCGCGCUUGAUCCUACACUUGGGUUGAUGUUCGUUGCUGAUAGUAGUCAGAUCGUCAGAGCAAACAUGGACGGAACCCACGCAAAAUCAAUAGUCUCCGAAGCAGCAUACAAAGCAUCCGGUAUCGCUGUGGACAUUAUUGCGCGAAGAGUGUUUUGGUGUGACUCCUUAUUGGACUAUAUCGAAACUGUGGACUAUGAUGGAAACCAUCGUUUCCUAGUGCUCAGAGGCCAACAGGUACCUAGCCCCUCCAGACUGGCGCUUAUCGAAGACAGAGUGUACUGGUCGGAUAACACCAAGCAAGGAAUCAGCUCCGUCAACAAAUAUGAGGGGCCUUCCAGCAUACAAGCGAUCUACAAGAUGAAGGACAUCAGAGAGCCCAAGGCCAUCACCGUGGUGCACUCGCUGAAGCAGACGUCGGUGAACAACCCUUGCGGCACCAACAACGGCGGCUGCGCGCAGAUGUGCAUCGUGACGGCGCUGCAGAACGGCGGCCUCGGCUACCGCUGCGCCUGCAACAUCGGCUACCGGCUCGAGACCGACCUCCGGAACUGCGACCUUGUUAAAGAGUUCCUUAUGUACUCCCAGCAGAGGUUUAUAAAGGGAAAGGUUCUCAACCCAGUCAUCGAAGGUUUCAGUGACGCCAUCCUGCCAGUAGUUUCUAAGAGAGCUAGAUUUGUAGGUUUAGAUUUCGAUGCUCGAGACGAGCACAUCUAUUAUUCAGAUGUUUUACAAGAUGUGAUAUACAGGGUUCAUAGAAAUGGAACGACCAAGGAAAUAGUUCUUGCGUCACAGAAUGAAGGAGUGGAAGGUCUAGCAGCAGACUGGGCUUCCAAGAAUCUGUACUACAUUGACUCAAGGAAAGGAACACUGAAUGUUCUGUCUACAAGACACGUUACUUACAGGAGAACUUUGUUGAAGGACUUGAAGAGGCCGCGAGCUAUCGUAGUACACCCAAACAAAGGUUUCAUUUUCUUCUCGGAAUGGGAUCGGCCUGCCAACAUAAGCCGAGCAUACACAGACGGAACCAACUUGUUGGUCUUCGAGAACGUAACUCUUGGCUGGCCUAACGGCUUGUCCAUAGACUUUGACGCUGACAGGCUGUACUGGUGCGAUGCCUUACUCGACCACGUGCAACAUUCCAAACUUGACGGAACGGACGUCAAGACUGUUAACUCCAGGCUCAUCAGACAUCCAUUCUCAAUUGUUAUUCACAAAGAGUUCAUGUACAUCACAGACUGGAGACUCGACGCGAUAGUCAGGUUACACAAACUAACUGGAGAACAAGAAGACAUUAUGGUCCGUGAACCUCAAACAAACAGACUUUAUGGUGUCAAGGUGUACAGCGAAGAAAUCCAGAGGAUAGAUCCUAUGCAGCCUUGUGCACGAGACAAUGGAAACUGUCAAAAACUUUGCUUCGCUGUACCUAGGAACAACACGGAACUUCUAACCGUCAAAUGUGGUUGUCCGUAUGGAGAGAAACUGGCGCCUGAUGGCACCAGCUGUAUUCCUGAUCCAAGCUCCGAACCACCCAUGCAAGCAUGUCCUCAUUCUUGGGAUUUCACCUGUAACAACCAAAGAUGUAUUCCCAACUCUUGGGUGUGUGAUGGAGAUGACGAUUGUUUGGAUAAUAGUGAUGAGGAACAAAACUGUACUAAAACAACAUGCAGUGCAUCAGAAUUCAUGUGCAAGUCAGGGCGUUGCAUCCCGGCGACGUUCAAGUGCGACUCGGAGAACGACUGCGGCGACUUCUCCGACGAGACCGGCUGCGUCAACGUCACCUGCUCCUCCUCACAGUUCCAGUGCGACAACGGCCGCUGUGUGCCCAACACCUGGAAGUGCGACUCCGAGAACGACUGUGGAGACGGUUCUGAUGAAGGAUCUCAUUGUGCCGAGAAGACUUGUGCAUACUUCCAGUUCACAUGUCCGCGCACGGGCCACUGCAUCCCGGCGUCGUGGGUGUGUGACGGCGACGACGACUGCUUCGACAAGCAGGACGAGGCCGACUGCCCGCCCGUCUCCUGCCUCGCCAGCCAGUUCAAGUGCGCAGACCUCAAACAGUGUGUGCAGGAAGCAUACAAAUGCGACGGCAUCCCGGAUUGUAACGACGGCAGCGACGAGGCGGGCUGCCCGUCCCUGGCGCCGCACCAGUGCCAGCCCGACAAGCAGUUCCAGUGCCGCUCCUCCGGCAUCUGCAUCCCCACCACCUGGUACUGUGACGGUACGCCUGACUGCGAGGACCUGUCAGACGAGCCGGCGAGCUGCGGCGCGGUGUCGUGCGCUCACAACUACUUCCGCUGCCAAAACGGCCGCUGCGUCUUCAAGGCGUACGUCUGUGACGGCCGCGACGACUGCGGAGACAACUCCGACGAGGGGCUCGAGCAUGCUUGCAAACCACCCGCCUUCAGGUGUCCCGCUGACCAGUGGCAAUGUCCCGGCGUCACAGGCCGUUGUGUCAACAUCACUCAAGUUUGUGAUUCCAAGUUUGACUGUCCGAAUGGAGCUGACGAAGGUGCAAGCUGUGAUUUUGCUGAAUGUGAACAUCAAGACGGUCUCUGUUCCAAUGGAUGUAAACAGACUCCUAAUGGACCGCUGUGUCUUUGUCCACCUGGCGAGGAAUUGGAUGUGGAUGGCUCCAACUGCAAGGACAUCAACGAAUGUGAUCCGCCAGGUCUCUGUUCGCAGACAUGCACCAACACGAAGGGUUCCUACGUAUGCUCCUGUAUGGACGGCUACAUCUUAACCAUGAAUAAUCACACAUGCAAGGCCAACAACCACUCCAGCGCCUUCCUCAUCAUUUCAAAUAGACAUUCCAUCCUAGUGGCAGAUCUUAAUGAACAAGGCCUCGAAAGAGUUCCAAUCAACGUCGAAAAUGUAGUCGCAACCGCCUCUAACAUGCACACAGGAACAAUAUUCUGGUCGGACAUGAAACUCAAGAAGAUCUCCCGGUUAGACCGCGGUAGUGAGCCGCAGGUCAUCAUAUCCACUGGACUGGACCUCGUCGAGGGACUUGCCUAUGACUGGGUCGGAGGUAACAUUUACUGGCUAGACAGCAAACUGAACACAAUCGAAGUAGCCAAAGAAGACGGAUCAGCUAGGACAGCUUUGUUAAGCGGAAACAUCACACAGCCUAGAGGAAUGUGUCUAGAUCCAGCACCAAAUGCAAGAUGGCUGUUCUGGACCGACUGGGGAGAGAACCCUCGUAUCGAAAGAGUUGGAAUGGAUGGUACACAGAGAUCAGCUAUUAUUACGACGAAAAUCUACUGGCCUAAUGGUUUAACACUAGAUACGGCUACACAAAGAGUGUACUUCGCUGAUUCGAAAUUAGAUUUUAUCGACUUCUGUUAUUACAACGGUACAGGAAGACAGCAGGUCCUGGCCGGUAGCCACUACCUCCUCCACCCUCACUCACUGACACUUUUCGAGGAUACGUUGUACUGGACCGAUCGUCAACUGAACAGAGUACUGUCGGCUCAUAAAUUCAAGGGAACGAACCAGACAGUGGUGUCUCACCUGAUAUCGCAGCCGCUGUCCAUCCACGUGCAUCACCCGUCCUUACAGCCGCUCUAUACUUCACCCUGUAAGAAGGAUUCGUGCCAACAUCUGUGCCUGCUCAGUCCAAACAAGACUGUUGCCUACACUUGCAUGUGCAAGCCCGGGUUCAAGCUGUUACCUGAUGGAAAAUGUAUAGAAGAGGAGUCUGCAUACCUGAUGGUACUGAAGGGAAGUCAAGUCAUUGACUUAUCGAUGGACGGAUCCGGCCGCGCUGGACAACUCGCACCCAUUGUUGGCAUUCAAGGUGGAGUACAACUGGACUACGACCGUCAAGGUCACAUGUUGUACUGGCUGCAAUCCAUAACUGGUGAUAGCGAUGAUGACGAAAACUGCACAAUCUACAGUAUGCCUUACGGUGGUGGUAAUAAGGUCGAGUUCUUCGGAUCUGAUACUGGUAUUGUCGGAGCACCUUCGGCCAUUGCCUUCGACUGGCUCGGCAGGAACUUGUACAUGGCCAACAGGGUUGCCAGUAACAUCGAACUUGUCAGAGUGGACGGUAAAGUGAAGUACCGGUCUAUUGUGAUGGCUAAUGAUGGCAGCAAGGCCUCUGUUGCUAAACCGAAAGGAAUCUGUUUGGAUCCUACUGAAGGAAAAAUGUACUGGUCCGACGAAGGAGGUUUCGGAGUUCCAGCGAAGAUCGGUAAAGCCAACAUGGAUGGCACUAAUCCCAUUAUCCUGGUGGACACCAUCGAACGACCUGAAGCUGUCACCAUUGACAUUGAGAAGAAGAUCAUCUACUUCAGCACUCAGUUCCCGGCCAGCAUCAACAGUGUCAACACUGAGGGUAAUGACAGGAAAACCAUACUGUCUGAGACCAACGCUAUCUCCUAUCCCAAAGUAAUCGCCGUGCUGGAUUCGAGACUGUAUGCUUUGGAUCCUCUUCACGAAAAGAUAAUUAAGGCUGAUCUACCCAACGGCGAUAACAUCAAGGCUAUAUUAGACAAUGAAAGUGACUUGAAGUCGUUUACAAUAUUCCAAAAAAGGAAGAUGGUUCACCACCCAUGCUCGCAGAGCAAUGGAGGCUGCGAACAGAUCUGUAUCCCUGGAGACGGUGGGUCCCGGGUCUGCGCUUGUUCUGUUGGCUACAGAAAGGAGAAUGAAGUGAACUGUGUGCCUUACAAGACGUUCGCGGUAGUGUCACAGCUGGACCUCAUCCGCGGGUACAGCAUCGACUCCAGUGCCGAAGCCAUGGUCCCCGUCACUGGUGUUGGACACCACAUCCUGCAUGUAGAUGUACACUUCGCUGAAAACUACAUUUACUGGGUGGAGUUCAACCGCGGACAAUGGAACGGAAUAUUCCGCAUCAGACCAAAUGGCACGGAACUACAGCACAUUGUUAAGGAUGGUAUUGGCAGCAAUGGCAUUCGAGGGUUAGCUGUAGACUGGGUCGCUGGAAAUCUCUACUUCACCAACGUCUUCCCUCACGAAAACUAUGUAGAAAUGUGCUGGCUUGACGGUUCGAAUAGGAAGGUCUUGGUAAAAACAACAAUGGAUGCUCCAAGAGAACUUGCUGUGAACCCUCUAAAGAGACUGUUAUACUGGAUCGAUUAUGGUCAGUACCCACGAAUUGGAAAGGCGUAUUUGGAUGGUAGCAACUGGCAAACCGUAGUGAGCUCUGGAAUAUCAAACCCGAGAGACCUGACCAUCGAUAUGUUGACUCAUGACGUCUAUUGGGUUGACUCUAAACUGGACCAAAUCCAAAAGAUCUCCUUCAAUGGUGGUAAUAGACAACUGAUUAGAUCAAACUUACCAAAUCCCAUGGGCAUCGCGAUACACACGGGUAGCGUUUACUGGGUUGAUAGAAACUUGCAAACUAUCUACAAAGCGUCCAAAUUGCCUGGCAAUAUGUCCAUGCCAGAGAAAGUUAGAAUAAACCUUCCCAAGCUCAGAGAUAUUGUUAUAUUUGAUGUGAACAAUCAGCCUACGGACGAAAACAACCCUUGCAGAAAGCUUGGCAAUGGUGGAUGUGAUCAACUUUGCUUCAGUUACCCACCGGAAGCUAACAAGGGAUAUACUCAUAGAUGUGACUGUGCAACUGGACAAAUCUCUGCUUCGAAUCCGAAGAAAUGUGACGUGGUUGAGGAGUACCUGGUAUUCACCACAAGGACUGAAAUUCGAGCUAUAAACUUAGAUCCGAAAUCUACAGGAGUGCCUUUUAAACCUGUCGUCAACCUUACAAAUGUUGUAGGUGUAGAGUUUGAUUACACCGACAAUAAGCUGUUCUUUACUCAGAUCAGGCCAUGGGCUAGGAUAGGCUGGAUGUCUGCUAACAACCCAGAUCCAUCGACCAUCCAGAACAUCAUUAGUAAGGGCAUCAAUCCUGAAGGUAUAUCUUAUGACUGGACGCAAAAGAAAGUUUACUGGACAGACAGUUCUAACAAUUCCAUUUACGCCAUGAACCUCGAUGGUACAGAACUUGUAAUGAUUGCUAGGGUCGAACGCCCGAGAGCUAUUGUUGUUGACCCAUGCAACGGAACUCUAUACUAUACAGAUUGGGGCAGAUUUGGGACUUCUGGAAAGAUCUAUAGAACAACCAUGGCGGGAUCAUUGAAGAAGGCAAUCAUAGACAAGGACUUAUCGCAACCUAGUGGCUUGACCAUUGACUUUGAUGAAAACAUGUUAUAUUGGACCGAUGCUGUCAGAGAGAAGAUUGAACGGUCUAAGCUAGAUGGUUCUGACAGAGAAGUUCUGAUCAGUGCAACCAUCUAUCCAUUCGCCAUCACCGUUUUCGGCAACUACAUUUACUGGACUGACCUUCAGCUUCGCGGUGUGUACAGAGCAGAAAAACAUACUGGUGCUAACAUGAUAGAGAUGGUGAAGCGAUUGGAAGACUCUCCUCGUGACAUUCACAUUUACAGUCCGAGCAGACAAAAGUGUCAAGUGAAUCCCUGUAAGAUUAGCAAUGGAGGCUGCGCACACAGUUGUCACCCCGCACCUAACAACACAGUCGAGUGCAAGUGUGAUGAUAACACUAAACUGGUAAACGAAGGCAGAAUGUGUGUGGCUAAGAACAUUACCUGUGACCCUAGCAAGUUCUUCUGUGCCAACGGCAAGUGCAUCAGUAAGAUGUGGUCAUGUGACGGAGAUGACGACUGUGGGGAUAACUCAGAUGAAGACAAGAACUACUGCACGUACCACUCGUGUUCGCCUAGCGAGUUCCGCUGUAACAAUGGCAGGUGUAUCUUCCAGUCAUGGAAAUGUGAUCAUGAAAAUGAUUGCAAAGACGGAUCUGAUGAAGAAGGAUGCGUAUACCCACCAUGCGCUGAGGGUGAGUUUACGUGCCUCAACUCUCGUUGUAUACCAAUGUCGCAAGUCUGUAACGGAAUCAACGAUUGUAAGGACAACAUCACAUCGGACGAGACACAUGAACGUUGCCCGAUGAACACAACGUGCCCGACUAACCAUCUAAAAUGCGAGAAGACGAAUAUUUGCGUUGAACCCUACUGGCUCUGCGAUGGUGACAAUGACUGCGGUGACAAUUCUGAUGAGGACCCUCUGCAUUGUGCCCAGAGAACGUGUCCUCAAAACAGUUUCCGUUGUCCCAACCACCGAUGCAUCCCUGCCACGUGGUAUUGCGACGGAGACGACGACUGCGGUGACGGCGCUGACGAGCCGCCAGAGUACUGCCGCUCAGAAGGCCGCACGUGCUUCGGUGACCUCUUCACUUGUGACAACGGAAACUGCAUACCCAGAAUCUACAUUUGCGAUGGUGACAACGACUGUCUGGACAACAGUGACGAAGACGAUCGUCAUCAGUGCAAUGAACGCAAGUGUGAUGCUGAAACUGAAUACACAUGUGAAGAAAACAAAUUCUGGCAACGAGCGCAAUGUAUUCCCAAGAAAUGGAUCUGUGAUGGUGAUCCAGAUUGUAUUGAUGGAGCUGAUGAAAACUCAACCAUCCAUCACUGCGCCACACCCACACCUUGCUCUGAAGACCAAUUCCAAUGUAACAACGGCCGCUGUAUCAACGAAGGCUGGGUGUGUGACCACGACAACGACUGUGGUGACGGCUCUGACGAAGGUAAACGUUGUAACACUCAAUACAAGCAAUGUAGCGACCAAGAGUUUAAAUGUCAGAAUUUCAAGUGUAUUAGAAACCACUUCAGAUGUGACGGUGAAGAUGAUUGUGGUGAUCAUUCUGAUGAAGUUGGAUGUGUUAAAGAGAAUAAGACAUGUCCUGCUGGCCAGUUCAAAUGUAAUAAUGAUCAGUGCAUCGAUAACAGACUGGUCUGCAACAAAGUGUCUGAUUGUACCGACGACUCUGACGAACCUCCUCAUUGUAACAUCGAUGAAUGUGCUAAACUAGAAAUCAAUCAAUGUGGCCACAAAUGUAUCGACACUCUAACAGGCUACUACUGCGACUGUAAUCAAGGCUACAAGCUGCUCGCAGAUGGUAAAGCUUGCGCAGACAUAGACGAAUGUAUAGAAACGCCAGGAGUUUGCUCGCAGUACUGCUCCAACACCCCUGGAUCCUACUAUUGUAAAUGUAACGACCAAUAUUAUGAAAGAGAACCUGAUGAGCACACUUGUAAGCGCAAGGAUAACACCACCGCCUGGAUUAUAUUCACGAACAAGUAUUACGUGAGGAACAUGUCCACCGACGCCAGUUUAUAUAACUUGAUGCAUCAAGAUCUGAUGAACGUCGUCGCAAUCGACUUCGACUUCAAAGAACAGAGAAUGUAUUUCGCUGACGUCUCCGCUAAGACCAUUUACAGAUCAAACUAUACCGACCCCAGUCCCACAAAAGAAGUGGUUAUCAGACAUGACUCGCAUGGUCUUGAAGGUAUAGCCGUUGAUUGGAUUGGAAGGAAACUUUACUGGCUUGACAGACAUUCUAAAAACUUGGAUGUGUCAGAAUUGGAUGGUACUAGGAGAAAGACUUUGAAAACUGGCGUAACAGACCCUAGAGCAAUAGUCGUGCACCCUGGAACAGGUUACCUUUACUUCACUUCGUGGCAUCUACAAGCCUACAUAGGAAAAUUGGGUAUGGACGGGUCCAAUUUCACUUCUAUUCUGAACUGGGAGGAUGACAUCGCCUGGCCGAAUGCUUUAACAAUAGACUAUUUCACUGACAGAAUCUACUGGGCUGAUGCUCAUUUGGACUACAUCGGUUCAGCUGAUUUGGAAGGAAGGCACAGGCAUGUCGUAUUAUCUGGUGCAAAAGUACCUCAUGUGUUUGCUCUCAGUCUCUUCGAUGACGAAAUAUUCUGGACUGAUUGGAAUCUCAAAGCAAUUAGCAAAGCAAACAAACACUCGGGAGAAAAUCUGACUGUACUAAGAAACACCACUCAUAGACCGUAUGAUAUUCACGUCGUUCAUCCACUGAGACAACUGCCGUAUCCCAACCCUUGUGGAGAUAACAACGGAGGGUGCUCUCAUCUGUGUCUGAUAGCGCCGCCCCAUGCAUCCAGCUACCUGAACAUCGAGGGUUACGGAGAAGAAGGCGCCACAACGUUCAAGUGUGCUUGCCCGAACCAAUUCUACUUAGCCAGAGAUAUGAAAACAUGUAUUGCCAACUGCACAGACGGUCAACAUAGAUGCAACGGUCACGAUGAGAAAUGUAUUCCAUGGUUCUGGAAGUGUGACGGUGAGAAAGACUGUAUGGAUGGUUCUGAUGAGCCUGAAACUUGCCCGGUUCGUCAUUGCAGAGCUGGCUCAUUCCAGUGUAAGAACACCAACUGCACGCCUGCCGCCACCAUCUGUGACGGUACUGACGACUGUGGAGAUGGAAGUGACGAGGCUGAGUGCGCCCACGAGUGCCCGCUCCUCGAGUUCAAGUGCAAGUCCAGUGGUAGGUGUAUACUUGACAGUUGGAAGUGUGAUGGCGACACAGACUGUAAGGACAAUAGUGACGAAGACCCUGCAAUGUGUCAUAACCGACCUUGUAAUCCUGACACCGAAUUCGCGUGCAAGAACGGAAGAUGUAUCCCGAAAUUAUGGAUGUGCGAUUUCGAUAACGACUGCGGAGAUGAUUCUGAUGAGCCAGCGUACAUGUGUAGGCAAAAGAACUGUACCACUGGAUGGAGAAGAUGUCCCGGACAAGCAAACUAUAGAUGUAUUCCGAAAUGGUUGUUCUGUGACGGCAAAGACGACUGCAGAGAUGGAUCGGAUGAAUUACCAGAGAACUGUCCCACUUGCAGUGCCGAGACUGACUUCACAUGCGACAACAAGCGCUGUAUACCGAAACAAUGGCUGUGCGACUUCACGGAUGACUGCGGAGAUGGUAGCGACGAGUCGGAAACUGUUUGCCAGCAUAAGUACAGAGAAUGUUCGGAAUCAGAAUUCAAGUGCGGCAAUGGAAAGUGCAUUUCAUCGAGAUGGCGUUGUGACCACGAGGACGACUGUGGCGACAACACCGACGAAGCCGACUGCGGCGGCUUCAAGUGCAAGAACGGAACCUUCCAGUGCAAGUCCGGACACUGCAUCGCUGCAUACUUCAGGUGCGACGGCGACAGAGACUGCAGAGACUUGUCCGAUGAGAUCGGGUGCCCACCGCGAUACCCUGGCGGCAGAUACUGCCCGGAGAGCAGAUUCCAGUGCGCGAACAACCUGUGCGUGUCUCAGUCAGACCUGUGUGACGGUACUGACGACUGCGGCGACGGAUCUGAUGAAGCUGCCUCCAUAUGCACCAACUUCAACUGUGACACGCUGAGACGGUUCCACUGCGAUAACCACAGAUGUGUACCUCGCUACCAAGUAUGCGACGGAGUAGACAACUGCGGCGACGGCUCGGACGAGAACAACAUGACGCUGUGUGCGGCCCGCGUCAAGCCGUGCGACCCGUACGCGCAGUUCCAGUGCGCCAACCGCCACUGCGUCGACCGCACGCAGCUCUGCGACUUCGCCGACGACUGCGGCGACGCCUCCGACGAGCUCGGCUGCCAUCACACGCACACUUGCUCGCAUCUUGAUAAAGGAGGUUGCGAGCACUUCUGCACGAACCUGACGCAGAUCGGCGGCGCGGGCGGCUACAUCUGCACGUGCUUCCAGGGCUGGAUCAUCUCGCCCGUGGACAAGAAGCGCUGCGUCGACGUGGACGAGUGCGCCGCCGGCACGCACCACUGCUCGCAGAUAUGCAACAACCUCAACGGCAGCUACAGCUGCGACUGCACAGAAGGAUUCAAACUGGCAGACAACUUAUCAGGAGUAUGCAAAGUUGUAGAUGAUGACGUUGUUCUUCUAUUCGCCAAUGGACCUGAAAUACACGCCUUUGCACAAAAGGAAGACAGAGAGUAUGACGUCAUCACAGCCGAGAAGAGAAUAGAAGCCAUAGACUACGAUCCUAAGCAAGAGAUGAUAUUCUGGGCAGACAGUUACGAUAAGACCAUCAAGCGGUCCUACAUGCUCAACGCACUGAACGGACAAGUCAAGAGUGGAUUUGCCCAAGAUCUCAACAUGAAGGGUAACUCGAAACCGACUGCUUUGGCAGUAGACUACGUCGGAGAUAAUCUGUACUGGACGGAGACCGACAGGACAGGGUCGAAACCUCGAGGACGAGUCAUGGUUGCAAGAACUGAUGGAAGAUACCGAAGAGCUAUUGUGUCUGCGGGAAUUGAAAGCCCCACGUCACUGGUUCUUGAUCCUCAAAUGGGAAGGAUGUUUUGGGCUGACGCUGGUUCCGCUCCUAAAAUCGAAAUAGCUUGGAUGGACGGUUCAAAGAGGAGACCGAUUGUCACAGAAAACAUCAGACAUCCGACUGGCUUGGCCAUCGACCAUUUGAUGGAUCACGCUAUAUACUGGGCCGACACUAAAUUGAACACUAUCGAGAUGAUGAGGCACGACGGUUCUAACAGGAAGGUGAUCCUGAAGGGCGACCUGCUGAAGCACCCGCUGUCACUGGACGUGUUCGAGUCCUCGCUGUACUGGGUCACCCGAGACACGGGUGAACUCGUCAGACAGGACAAGUUCGGAAGAGGAGUGCCAUCGGUUAUAUCUAAGGAUCUAGUCAACCCAUCGGCUGUGAAAGUGUACCACCCGCGGCGCUACAACGCGUCGGGCUCGGGCGAGUGCUCGCGCGCGGCGUGCUCGCACCUGUGCCUGCGCGUGCCGGGCGGGCGGCGCUGCGUGUGCCCCGAGCUGCAGCCGCCGCCCAAGCGCCUCGCGCACGAGCGGCAGUGCGACGCGGCCGUGGAGUCGCCGCGCGCCCUGCCGCGCGUGUGCCCGUGCGAGAACGGCGGCACGUGCGUGUGGGACGCGGCGGGCGCGCUGUCGUGCCGCUGCCGCGCGCCGCUGCAGCCGCCGCUGUGCGCCGCCAGCGCCGCCAGCGCCGCCGCGCGCGCCGGCACCGCGGCCGCCGUGCUCGUGCCGCUGCUGCUCGUGCUGCUGCUGGCGCUGGCCGGCGCCGCCGCCUGGUUCGUCAUUAGGAAACGACCCUUCGGUAAGGGCGGCGGGCUGAGCAGCCUGGCGUCGUCGCAGAGCGUGUCGUUCCGGCAGGGCUCCAACGUGGAGUUCGGCGGCGUGGGCAGCGCCGGCGAGCCCGCCUACACGCUGGAGGAGGCGCCGCGCAAGGGCCGCGACUUCAGCAACCCCAUGUACGACGCCGUCACACGCGCCGUCGCGCAGGGGGAGCCCGAGCCGCCCAUACCCGGCAUUUACGAAGUACCAGACGAGUUGAAGGACAAGGUGGUGUCGGCGGUGAUCUCGCCGUCGUCGACGGAGACGCGCGGCGCGGCGGCGCGGGGCGCGGGCGCGGGGGCGGGCCGCGCGCUGGACCCCGCCGCCGACACCGGGCGCGACACCGCGGCGCUCGUGCGCGAGGACAACCACUGCUAGCGCGCCCCGCGCGGCCCGCGCCCGCCGCGCCGGCCGCUGUCGCCGCCGUCGUCCCGCGCGCUGCUGCUGCGCCCCGCUGCACUGCCGCGCGCAUUGUUUUAUAACGAACGCAACAAUGGCCCAGAUCAUUCUUAGCUAAAUUACUUCGUAAAAAAACUAAAGUUAAUGAAACUGUAAAUGACGUAACACUAAGUGGUCCGGGCCGCGGCCGCGCGGUCCCGCGAGUUCCGCGCGGUCCCGCGUGUACCGCGCGGCCGCGGCUGGACUGGAACUUUUUUUAAGUCUAUUGUAUCUUCCCCGUUCUAUCCGUCCUUCUAGUUUUAGCUAAUAAUUUAUUUUCAUAUAUGUUACUGAUAUAUUCCGCUAACUAUGUAUGUUACUCUGUCUAUGUUACGUUUCCUGUUGUAUCUUCUAUACAAAGUUAUUAUUGUAGCAAUCCCAGCUAGUUCUGGACGUACUUAUAUGUCAGUAUUUUCCUUUUAAGUUAUCUGUUACUCUUCUAAAUAUUUUGUGCUAAAGUAUAUAAUUUUAAAUCUAAAUAAACCAUAUCAUAGCGUGAUACGUAUGUUAUAGUAUGAAGAGAUGUCUAAAGGUAGCGUAGAACUUGUACAUUCCAGUAGUUCGAGACUAAAGACUAACGUUUCAGCCUAGGUGUACUCGGAUAUGAUCGAGCUAAUAUUUGGUUGCGCUAAGCGUUCCAGGCCCGAACUAUAACUGUAUUCCUAAAUAUCUGUAUAAAUGAUGUUGACUUAGUAAUAAAUGAAUAAUUAGUACAUAAAUAAGAAACUAGGAAUUGUUGUUGGUAAAGGCCCAGAGCGCCAUUUUAUAGGCUUUUAAAUUGAUUUGACAAUAAGCAAUACACUAUAUUAGAGAAUAAUUUAUUUAUUUCGUUUAAGACUAUGUAAAAUAACUAUGUUGUGUUUUAUAAUUGUCUAUUAAUCAUUAAAGUAAAUAUUAUAAUUUUGUGGGACUCUGACGAUUUGCCAUAAACGUGUGAGAUAAUGUUUCUGUUGUUUUUAAUUAUGAAAUAUGUUUUUGUCAUCACUUUGUUUACAUUACAAACUGUAGUUAUUAUAAAUACGAACGUUCGCAUUUGUGAUGUACAUUUUGAUAGGCGAAAUUGUAAUGUUCUAUAUACAUAUUAUAUUUAUUUGAGACAUUAUAAAUAUGUACUAUACUAUGUAAAAUUGAUCUGUGAAUAAAAUAAGCAUCACGUUAUUAUGAUUAAAGAAUUCGAAUUGAUAGUGUAAAAAGUAUAAACGUGUCAAUAUUAUAAAUAUAUUACAAUGUUACGGAUAAGAGAGGAAAUAUUUUUAUAUCGGGACUAUUAUAGCUAUUAGACAAUCGUCUGAGGUUACUUGAUGAAAAUAUUGUGUAAAAAUAAAUUAAUAAUGAAAUA